AUGGUUGACAGCUGGGUGCGACCCGCAGCGCUUGCCCUUUUCUUGGUGAUCUGCACACACGGCCAAGAGACCGGAACCUUCCUGGCACAAGAACAGGCGGAAACGCCGUGCGCGUGCCAGAACCCGCUUGCAUCGCAAGGGAUCCAGAUUCACUCACCUGGAUCUGAAAGCCGCUUCGUUGUUGAACCGCCACCACGGCAGCAAGAUGCCGCAGACUAUGGUGAAUGGUGCAGCAUGGAGAUGCGAAUGCGGCUCGGUGCAACUCCAGCGUCACAGCUGGUGCGCGGGAUGUGGAACCCACUUCUCCUCUACGAGCUGGAGUGUGGCACGCCAUCUACCAGGCUGCCAGUGGAUCUAGUGACGGAAGAGCAGGACAAGGAGACGGUGAAGGCAGCUGGCCAGCAGAUGGUGAUCCCGGGAGGUGCGACAGCAUCUACGGAGGGGGACACCGAAGUGCUACAGCCAGAGGUCAAGGACAGAUUCACCGAGCUCCUUCACCUGAUGGGGGAUUCCGCACCAGAGACCUUGAAGAUGGAGGUGCAAAAGUUCCUGGCGCCAGAAUCAUGCAAGAAGCUGCGACAUCAAGAUCUCUCCAAGGCAGACAAGUUGGAGCGACAGAUUGCUGCAGCCAGGAAAGAAGUAGACUUGCUGGACUCGCGAUGGAGAGAGUUUGUCACGCUCAUCCAGACGAAAUUCGAGCACCAGAGGCAAGGCUAUAUUCAGCAGCGCGAGGACCAGCUCCAAACACUCGACAAAAAGAUGAAGGAGCUGGAAAGCUUGCGAGAAGAGAUACGUCGCAGUGCGGCCAAUGUCAAGAGCACCGAAGCGGCGGUCAAGCCAAUGAGUCAGGUGACACAAGAAUCUGGCGCAGAGGCAGAGAUUUUCCAGAUGGACGUGGACAAGCUCAACAAGCGCAAUGCCAUGUGUCCGUUCGGGCAACCCUCCAAGGUUCCGAAGCUGGAUGGACAGGGGAAGAAGGUGCCAGAAGACCUGGACGACAAGCUGCUGAUGGCUGGCAUAAAGAGCUGUGCGCUGAUCAUGGUAAUGAACGAGACCUUCAACAGCAAGUUGGGGGGGGUUGGUGUGAUGACCAACUUCUUUGACCUUGAGGCGGAUGAUUUCUAUGAUGACGGAAGUGCGGCUUUUGAAGAAGCAAGAGAAGGUUUUCCACUCCAGCUGAUUCCCGUGCGUGGAGAAGAGAGGGGGGCUUUGGAUGUCCUCUUGAUCACCACAGAAGGAUCUUUUCCAGGGCACAUUUUCCUGGUGGACUUCUUUGUGGCGGAAAUGCUGGAUGCAAGGGGCGCGGUCUUGUUUCGUGAAGGUUGGGAUCCUUUCACGACAGAACGUAUCUUUGAGCUUCUCUCACCUGCUAACCUUUGUGCAAGCUCGGCUAUAUGCUUUGUCGAGCUGGCAGAGGAGCGAUGGGCUUGGCCUCACCCAUUCCAUGCAAAAUCCGGCAGCCGUUUGAAGGCUGUUGAAAUCCCUGUGAAUGAGGACGAGGAUGACCUCUCCGAUUGUAGCACUUGGCUUACAACGGAUAGUUCAUCAAGUUCCGACUCAGCAACAUCCUGGGGGGAAGACCCUGAUCCAGAGCGCCUAACACUUGGGCGCGGUGGCUCACACCCAGGGGCCUGGACGGGGGAGCAGGAUGUUGUUGCACAUGAUGACACACGAGAAGUGUCGAAGGAGGAACAUGAUUGGGGAGUUUUUAUGCAGUUGAAUACAGAAACUACCCCACCCAAUACUCUCUCGACGAGAUCUCCUGAAAUCACAGUCUCUUUGGCUAGCAGUGGGCCUCCUCCUGUUGAUCGACCAUUGCAUUUUACCAAUUUGGAGGCAAACAUAUGUGAAGUAAGAAGAUUUCUUCUGGGCUAUUGGAGGGGACUUCCGUGGCGAUCCACGCCACAACAUUUGCUGGUUCACUGCAUGGCGUUUACUGGACAAGCCACCAGGACGCAGGAGGUUCAGUGUCCAGUGGAAACUUUCCUGGCGCCAUAUCCCUUCCGAGACCUCGAGAGCUGGUGUCAGGUACAAGGACAGCCGAUGAACGUUGACCACUUCAGGGUGUUCCCAUUGGCCUAUGAGAUUUACCAGAACAUCCCGUCAUUGCUGAUGGUCGAAAACUGUCGUGGCAUGGACGUCCCGAUUGCUGUUCGAUAUGAAUCACCAGAGCAUGUGCUUCUUUUGACAUAUGUGGCAACACAGAGCUUGCAGGUGCAUAACAUCAUCCAAUGGGUUGGUCUACAUGCUGACAUCAACUAUGACCUGGAGAUUGCCAGGAAUGGUGUUCUAGUACACCAAUAUAGGAUGAUCACCUUCCGGCCUGGUGAUUUGCUGUUGAUUCGUGCCCACCCCUAUGACGGGAGCACAACAGAAACAGGAUUCUCUAGUGGAUCAAUGCCGGGAAGUUCCCAAAUUACCUGGUCAUCUCAAGAAGGAUCAGGUGAUGGAAGUUUGCAACUGCAGUUUCCUCAGAUGGCAGAAGAAGAGGUGGUGGAAGAUGACCAUGUUGGUUUCUUUCAAUGGAGGGGACCUUCCGCUCAUGGCACGAAUCCACGCACAUUGCAUGCGGGGCAAGCGCCGGGCAGGAAUCCAGAUGAAGCCCUGUGGGACGUCAACACACGAGUGCAUGGGCUAGAUCUGAUCCAGCAUGAUAUGAGAGCUUUUCUCUGGGCCCAUGGACGUUGGCCUCCCCUGAUCAUCCAUGCUACGUGGGUUAAUGGUUACUUCGUGGAACCUAUGGGUGAAGGGGGCAUCUCGGAACGUGAGCUUCUUGUUGCGGUUAGACGAGCGGUACAGAAUGCUGUACCCCCAUGGGAGAUGCUGGAGUUCGGCUUUGUGAGGCCCCAGCCUACCCCGUGGCAGGCACAGGAUUUGGAUGGCAUGCAUUUGUUGGCUGUUCCACGAGCUUUGAGGGCCUAUGAGGUUGCAGUGCUGUUGGUGAUUGAGCAAAUCCGCGAUGGCAGAUCGACAAUCACUCUUCGGCCGUUGCUAGCUACUAGGAGACAGAACAAAUGGAGCUUGCUGCAGAUUGUGGGUCUUGAUCAAGAUUGUGCGGAUCAGGCAUGCUCAGUGAGAUAUGGAGCAAUUUAUUCCCUGGGGAGUCAAUGGGUACUCUUGGAAAGCUGGAUGCGCAUUGACAUUGAGGUGGGUGAGUACCAGGAUCAGUGUGGAGAGCCUCUAGCGCGAAUUGACUUGGGAUCUCCACCAACCCAGGGGGACACAUCUAUCUUUGAGGAUGCGACCUCGUUUCUGCAGUUCACGUUCUCUGGCCCGAGCAAGCAGAACUAUGAUGUUGGAACCCUCAUGAUGCUGGAAGAAGAAGACAUGACCUCCUUCUCACAAGCACCUCUUGACGUGCCAGAACUGCCGGUUGAAGUUGCUGUUUUGGCUGACUGGGAGGUCACAAGGGUAUGGGCUGCAGCUGUGGACGCAGGAUUUUUGCGGCUAUUCCGGGAACCUGAUAGGGAACGAACGCUCACAGUCUACAACUUGGUGGACAGUGACACUUCUAAUGUCCCGUAUCUGCUUCCCUGGUUUGGCGGAAUGAGCUUCAUCGCGGCGAUCCAACAAGCCUGGCCGGAGUUGCAAGACGGCCAGUGGGACUUUCAAGCUUUUUGGCCUGACACUACGUUGGUCGCACAGCCGCCUGGGUGUGUGGUUGUUCUAGCACCCCAAGACCAGCUGUUUGCUCAUGCAGAGCCUCGAUGCUGGUAUGUGGAAUAUAUUUUGCAGCUGGAAGACCAUUGUGCCAGUUAUGCUGAAGUUGAGUUCAUUGAGCCCGAGGUGCGAGUCCGUGAUGUACUAGCACGACGAUCAGUGACAGCUCAGGCACUCAGUGGGGAGAUGAGGAUUGAGCACAAUGGAGUCCUCUUGCAACCGUACCAUCGCCUUAUUGUCCAACAUGGUGAUGUUCUGACUAUUGUGGUUAGCCGCAGAGCAGUACAGAGAUUGCAAGGGGGACGAUGGGACCCUGCUGUUGAUGGCCAGAUUGCGGUUCGUUCUAUGGAUGGAUGGCAGUUCUUCAUGCUGGUUUCCACCUAUAUGCGGGAAGGAGAAUACCUCUGUCUUCGACCAGGGCGCAAUCCACCUGGAGGCAUGGGGAUUCUACGAGGAGCCAUCAACUUCUACCAUGAUGAAAGAUGGCUUCGAAGGCAAAUGAGGAGGCUCUGGGUGGACUUUAGGGAGCGAGCAUUUAUGCAGUCCAGUGACGAAGAUUCGAUACCCCUGUUGAGCACGCACAUUCUGGCCUUCCGGCUCUGGAGACAAACGUCACGACCUCGCCUGCUGCACAUUUGGAGAACCUGGCGACAAGAUGAAGAACUACGUCCGGUCUCUUUAUGGCACAAUGGAGUGGCAGUGGAGCAGGAUGAUGAUUUCCCUGUGGAAGCUGGUGAUUACUUCUUUGUGAAAGCGGCUCCGAGAGGAUGCAAGCGGCCCAGACUGGACCAGCAGAUUGCCAGAAUGAGCCGACAAAUGGUAUCAGGCAGGUCCUUGAUGCAACGACACAGAAUCAGACGAGAAGUCUAUGAUGUCUAUGAGGUGUAUCAGAGAUACUCCCCAUUCCCGUCUAUCUUUAGAUGUGCACCUGGACACUGGUUCACUGGCCUACGAUCAUGCAUCUUGGACCACUUGGGGGCUAUGUGGCUUGACACAGACCGCACCAAUGCCUUGAUCCUGGAGGUCAAGCCCCAACCGGCUGGGAGACAGAUGGGAGAGAAGAUGGUGAUCCUGGCUAUGUCGGGCUCCUACCUGCCCACACAGAGCGUGAUCUUGGUUGGCCUAUACUUCUCCAACGUGCAGUACAAGCAGGUUCUUGUGAUUCCCUACCUUCUCACCAGGCUGCAAUUCAUUCAAGAGCUUGGGCUGACAAAAGAGUGUGGCAAGUAUGGCAUCUCUAGAUGUCUAAUCCAAGUCGGAUUUGCACCUUGGGAGCAACAAGAUCCACAUGCUCGACUACUGGCACACUCAAGCUAUCUCCAAGUUUGGGUGGAUGGACAAGAUCCGGGCAGUUGUCAGGACAACGCACCUGAUGAAGGUAUGCCCUCUGAGGAGUCAGAUGAUCAGGCUUUGCUUCAGGUACCCUGGCCAGGCCAGGAGGUUCUUGCCCUUCAGAAGCUCUCUCCUCCUGGCAACCCUGUGCGCUUUCAUCCAUGGGUGGAAGAUGACGAGGAUGAAGCGGGUGGUGGAUACUAUGACCCACGAUGUGACAAUGACUUUUGGUUGGAGUUCAUUCAGGGCACUAGCAACAUGAGUCAGACAUCUGUGCACACAGAGAAUGAGACCCAUGUGGAGGUAGUGCGAAGCCAACAAGUUGUCUUGCCCUUGCAGAAUAGCACCUACUCCCAAGAGGCCACAAAUAUGGAGGAAAUGCGAUCUUCUACUGAAGUUGGACGGCAACUAAGUGCAUUUGUGGAAAACUUCCUGGCCACCCUGGAUGGAGCAGUCUGCCACAAUACCUUCGUGAUGCAAUUUUGUAAGGACUUGAAGGCUGACACGUUCCAGGAUGCACAUACAUGGCUGGAUCAAAACGAUUGGGCAGGGGAGACUGCCGAAGUCAACAACAACCUGCCACUCCAGACGGAUGUGGAGAUUGCCAACAAGAAGGUCCCGCUGCGUUUGGAAGAGACCUUGGGGACAACCUUUGCCCCCUGCAGUGCACUGGGAAGUGGGGGCCCUGGGAUUGACUUCAGAGAGGCUUGUGAGGCACUGAAUUGGUUCAAUACUCACGUUGUGCAACCAAAUUUCAAUCAGCAGCUGAGAUGGCAUGCUCAUAGCUAUCCUUGGAUUGUUCUUCCUCAAUGGCAGCUGCAGGAAGUAAAAGAACUUUGGUUUUACCUGGACGGCUCCAAAGAUGAUUACGGAACAGGAGCUGCAGUGACCCUAUGGGUAUGGGGUGAUGAAUGGAUGUGGGGUGGAUCUCUACAACAUCAUCUCCAUGGCGAAGUUGAUGCCUACCAUGGGGAAAUCGCGGCACAAAUGAUGGCCCUGAAAUGGGUACAUGACCUGUUUCGUACAGUGGGACGAGCAUGGAGCGCCAAUCCAGCUGUGCACUUUUGCUUUGACUCUGAUUCGGCGGCUGGGGUUGUCUUUGGACUUUACUCCAGUACGGACCCACAAUGUCAGAAGGCCAGAGCUUUGAUGCACAUGGUCCAGGUUGCGCAUGACAUCUUGGUUGAGCCACAGAAGGAGGCAGAUGAGGAGGUAGCCGCAACUUUGGCAGGAUGGCAGGACCAAAGGGUGCAUGGGGCAGAUGUGACACUUAAAGGCACCAUGAUGUCCUGCAAUGUGCUGACCUUGAAGCAGAAUUAUGUGUCGGCUUUCCUCGCGGUGAAAGCAUAUUUGCAUCUGUGUGGAGCGAAGAAUAUUGCCCUCGCAGCUCUCCAAGAAACACGUCUCAAGAACCUAGCGUUCAGAGAUGAUCACUAUAUGAUCAGGUGCCACCCGGCUGAAAGGGGACAUGGCGGUGUCAUGUUAGCCCUCAAUACCUUGCUCUUCCAGAUCAUUGAGGCUGAUGGUCAGGUGCGGCGAAUUCAUGAAGAUCAAUGGACGGUGGUGGCGAGCUCACACAGGUUCAUUUUGACGAGAUUGUGGGCCGGCUCUGUGGAUCUCCUUAUUGCCAAUCUUCAUGUGCCACACAGUGGGCACACGGAGGCUGAGCUCACUGACUUCUGGGAGGCCUUCCAACGAGCAAUACCAGACCAUCUAAGAGGCAAGGAAAUGAUCUUGAUGGGAGAUUUCAACGCAAGGGUUGGUCAAGUGACCUCUACGGCCAUAGGAGCUUGGGGCGGUGAGGAGGAAUCCAUAGCUGGAGGACUUCUGCAUGAGUUCCUUCUGCGGCAAGGCCUCUUUUUGCCUGCCACCUUCGAGGGUAUACAUGAGGGACCUGCAUACACAUGGACCCACCCCAAUGGAGCCACUGCACGUUUGGACUAUGUGGCUAUUCCUUUGAAGUGGAGUACUACCAGAUUGCGUACUUGGAAUGAUCUUGGGCUUCAGGCCCAUCAACAUUUGCAUGAUCAUCUGGCCACCUGCAUGCAGCUCACUGCUGCCAUUGGCGGAAGCACUGAGCUCACACGGAGCCGUCGAGCACCACCCAGAGAGAAAUUGGAUGUGCUUCAUGGGCCAUUUGUGAUGCGACAGGUUGUUGAUACUAUGGCUCCGAUCCCAUGGAACUUGGACAUGCAUCAACAUGCACAUGAGCUCGUGAAACGCUUCAACCAAGGCAUACAGAAGAUCCUUCCUUUGAGGGGGCGCUUUCACCGUAAGCCCUAUCUUGCUACAGACACCAAGGAUGCCAUCAUCGUGAAGGCGGCCUGGAGGAAGACCAUGUUGCAGCUGCAAACUUGGAUGAAGCAACAUACCUUGAGGACAUGUUUCUGGGCAUGGGCACACUCGGCCCAGUCCCCCUCUUGGGAAUGGCUGGCGGCUUUCGAAAGCCUUAUGGGAAGGCAUUGGGCUCAUGCACUGAAGCAUUUCCGUCAGGUGCGAAACCAGACCACUACUCUUUUGAGGAGAGAUGCUAACCACUUCUUCGAGCAGCUGAAGCAGAGCUGGGGUGAAGUUGACUGCAGUGGAAGCACUCGUGAGUUGUGGCAGAAGGUCAAGAUGUACCUCCCUAAGAUGCAGAUGAGACGGGAAGUGCGCAGUGCACAGCAACAGGAAGCGAUGAGGGAACAAUGGGAACCCCAUCUUUGCCGGUUGGAGGCUGGCACACCCACCCAAUUGAAGGAACUCUAUGAGGAGGUGCUUGCGAAGCCACAGGAAGAAGAAGAGAACUGUGUGCACCACUUCGCGGACCUCCCGACCCUUACAGCAAUAGAAGUCUCCCUCAGGCGCACUAAACCUGGGAAGGCUAGCGGCCCAGAUGGCCUGGAGUCUACGUGGCUUCAUUGUGCAGCUGGGUGCAUGGGCACAUGGGUGUACGACGCUGUGUUGAAGAUGAUGUACACCAUGAAAGAGCCCAUUCAAUGGAAAGGCGGCACCCUCUACAUGUUGCCAAAGGUAAUCCAGCCCACAGAACCUUCGCAAUUCAGAGGGGUGAUGCUUCUUGGAGUACUCGUCCGUCGGAUCCACGCCCUAUUUCGGGAUGCCCUCAUGGCUCAAGUUUCAGAACAGUCACCACCUGGACAACUAGGCGGAUUUCCACAUCAAGAGUGCCUCUUUGGAAGUCUUUAUGCGCGCACUUUGAUGAGGCGCGCCUACCAGGCUAAGCUUCCCAGCGCCAUUCUCUUUGUGGACUUGAGGGCGGCAUUUCACUCCUUGGUGAGGGAGCUGGUUCUCGGGAAGGAGCUAGGCGGACAUGUGGACUUGAUGGCGCUUCAAGAAACUUUGAAGAAGGAAGGUUUCGAGGAUGACCUCAUACACAAGAUGACGCACUCUCAUGGAGUUCUACCUGAAGGGCCUCUGAAAGCACUCAUGCGUGAACUACACGGCUAUACAUGGUCCACUAUCCAUGGUAGAGGCGUGCGUACCGCAAGAGGUUCACGGCCAGGGAGCCCUUUGGCGGAUGCUUUGUUCCACUGCUUGAUGAGCCCCAUUGUUGCAAAGAUUGAAAAUCACUUGCAGGCCCGGCCACAGCAGCGGCAUGCUCGAGAAACCCUUGGCAGUCAAGCGGUACAAGUGGUGUGGGCAGAUGAUCUCGCUGUACCACUCCUCGCUACUAGCAAUGCUGACAUGGAGGCAGAGAUCAGGUAUGCCUUUGGUGUUGUCUUUGACGUUUUCCAUGAAUAUGGCAUGACGCUCAAUAUGAGCAGAGGCAAAACAGAAGUCUUGGUGACUUAUGCUGGCUCAGAAGCCCGUGCAUUCCGAGAACGACUUCGAAGAGAGCCCCAGAUGAAUGCGCAGGUGGGAACAUCGUCAUCUACCAUGUGCCUUGUCCUGGGGAAUGCAUACAAGCACUUGGGGACUACCAUGGCCGCGGCAGGACGUCUCCACCUUGAAGUCAAGCGCAGAGUAGGACAGGCAUGGGGCGCAUUCCGGCAACUUGCUCGGCCAGUCUUUUUGAACAAGGCUCUCAAGGAAUCCACACGCAUUUUCUUGCUGGAGACAUUGGUUUUCACUAAGCUGCUUUAUGGAUGUGGCAGUUGGAAUGGCCUAACUCUAGCUGAUGAGCACAAGCUUUCGGUCUGCUACUUGGGUUUGCUUAGGCGGACUCUGGGACAGGUGAAGACUCAUGAUGCUGAGGUUCUUAGUGACUUGGCCAUCUUGCAACGGACGGGAUGUGCACCGAUCAUGGUGCGGAUCUCGCAACAACGAUUUCUUCUCGCUGCACGGGUGGCUCGUUUUGCACCUUCCUUUGUGCACGAGGAGUUGCUCCGGGAAGAGGCUGAGAUGGCGCAAAGCUGGCGAGGCAUGGUGACGGAAGACCUUGGCUGGCUUCAUGCCAUGGUGGAUCUCUCGAAAUGGGGGACUACCCUGCCGGCGCUUUGGGAGGCUUGGCAGCAUCAGAAACCAGGCUGGCAACAUGUGCUGCGGAAAGCAGUGCAAAAAUACCGGUGCAUUAUGCAUCUUUUGCACACUGCGCCUGUGGAGCGGGGUGAGGAAGAGGAAACUCUUCAGGAUCUCUGGAUGAAGGUGCACUGCAGAUGCCAUUGCGGGCAAGGUUUUGCCUCCUUGAAAGCGCUGCGAAUGCAUCAGAUGACAGCCCAUUCGUGGCGCACGCCAAUCUCGGGAUAUCUUCAUGGGGCAACCUGUCCAGUAUGCCUCAGGCAUUAUUGGACGAAGAAUCGCCUUCGAAUCCACUUGAGGUAUGUCUCCCGGAAGGGCAUUGGCAACACAUGUGCCUCUUGGUUGCAAGCCUUUGGAGUGAGCGAGGAAGCGCGUGAGGAUCUUCCUGCAGAUCCUUUUGUUGCCCUGAAAGGGGCAUGCAGAGUGGAGGCAGUGCAGCUUCAUGGACCUCGGGUUUUUGGGGCUACUGUUGAUGAUGUCGCCACUUUGGAGCAGGAAUUUCUUGACCUCAAGGACGAGCUUGAGAGGUCGGGGGUCUCUUUCCAUCCGGAUCCUGACUUCUUACAAGCCAUUGGAGAAGAAUGCGCACAGGCUGUUGCCAAUGGAACUGCAACGAAGACCUUCUACCAGCAAUGGGAAGAUGUUGACAUGGGCAUUUUGCUCGGCAUGGUUUUCCUGUGGGGCAUGCAAACCGACCUUGACGAGAAAGGUCCACAGGGAGCGGCCGUCCCGGCCGCCCUACCGUGGCCCACAGAGAGGACGGUGCUGAUCAGCGGUGAGUCUGGAGCGGGGAAGACGGAGACCACGAAGUUCGUGAUGAAGUUCUUGGCGAUGGCCGGAGCAUCUGAUGGUGAGGUGACCAACGUGGAAAAGCAGGUUUUGGAAUCCAAUCCACUCUUGGAAGCUUUUGGCAAUGCUCGAACUUUGAGGAAUGACAACUCCAGCCGCUUUGGCAAGUUCAUCGAGCUGCAGUUUCGCAGCAGUGGCAAGGAUGCGGCUUCUUUGGGCGUCGCGGGCGAAAACUGUCGCCUUUGUGGUGCUCGGAUUCAAACCUAUCUAUUGGAAAAGGUGCGGGUUUGUGAUCAACAGGAAGGUGAGAGGAACUACCACCUCUUCUACGAGGCAUGCGCAGCAGCGGCCUUGGCCUCUCAAUCCAACUACUC